AUGAGUAAGAGUCUAAAGCCGGCUGAUCGAUACUCCCUAGUUGAGACCACACCUUUAGAAAUGAAAGGAGUCAAGGAGGGUGAAUUGGAUUGUCCAAAGAGAGGUGGGCCGCCUUGGAAAAAUCGCAAAACUCAUGGUCAAAAUAGCAAAGAAGAGUCAAAAUGGAGCAAAAAGAGUCAAAUCACCAAGUUCCCAAGUCUAGAGCACCAAAAUCUACAUUUCUCGCUAAAGACCAAACCGGAGCAUCCGAAGUACGACCGCAUAUUCAUGCCUUCCCGACGUCCAAAAGUCAUGAUUCUUAUAUGGAAAGAUAGAUAUUUGAGUCAUGACCCGCGGCGAAGUGGAAAGAGGUCAUUUGGAUCACUCGUUGGACCGGAACUUAUUUUCUACCAAGACAUGUCCGACGAGCGCCUAAGUAGAGCCCAUGGAGACUUUGAUGGAUCAAGAGGCCCGAGAUACCGCGCCCAAGGCCUUGGCUCAUCUUGA